AUGACACGGCGAGAGCUGUUAUAUUUUGUGCUAUUUGUUUUAGAAAUAUGUGACGAAGUUACUGGCGGUUGCAAUUUAUCUCUAAAAGAUGAUUUUGGAAAUCCUUCGCCUGUAUAUUUAAAAAAUGGCGACUUUUUGGCGCCAAAUUCGACGGGCGCCAUCUUGUUGCGGCGUUCGGAAACUCUGCAGAUAGCUUGUCCGGGAACCAAAAGAGUUGUUGUUUUGGGAAAUAAAACUACUGCUUCUGAUAUUUUUGAUGUAAAAUGUGUGAAGGACUCUGUAUUUCGAGCGUCCAAAGGCUCGUGGGUGGGGAAUCUCAAGGAAAUCAAAUGUAGUGGUCCGCCUUGGUUCUCUGCUGAGGAAGUUGGUAGAUGUACAGGAGGACACGUGUUAUACAGAGUAGGCUAUAAGAUAGCGGAUGUUUUCCACUCACUAUACGAAGCCUGUUUUGACAAAUACUUGAUCCAUACACUCUAUGUAAAGCAUACGUUGAAGCCGAACAGUCUUCACAUACAAGCUGGGGGCAGAAGACCACAAUUUAUUGAAGGAGAUGUGUUUGGUAAAGUGAGAAUGUCGCAGCUGUAUGCUAUGAAAUAUCAGUUACAACGCUUGGGUAAGAUCCUCGGCGAUGGGACCGAGACUCAGUAUAUAACUAAGAAUCAAUUCCUGAACCGUGGCCACCUCGCGCCGCGCGCGGACUUCCCGCUGCACGCCGAGCAGAGGGCCAGCUUCCACUACGUCAACACCGCGCCGCAGUGGCGGCGGGGCAACGCCGGCGACUGGGCGGCCUUGGAGGACGCCCUACGACGUCGUGUCAAUGCGUAUGGCAACCCCCUCACUGUAUACACCGGUACCUACGGGGUUACCACUUUAGUGGACAAAAACUCCAUUCCAAAGGACUUUUUCUUGGAAGUUGAUGCGAAUAAUAAUGAUAUCGUACCUGUUCCUUUAUAUUUUUACAAGGUAGUUUACGAUCCUAUAAAGAACACAUCAGCUACUUUCAUAUCAAUCAACUCUUCAUAUUACAACACAACGAUGCUAACUAAACUGUCAUUUUGUGAGGACAUUUGCGAAUCGAACCCCAAAUAUUCCUGGUUAAGAUGGAGAUCUAACGACGGAACCCACAGCUUUUGUUGCACUUACGAGGAUUUUGUGAAGAAAAUUAAUAUGUUGCCCGAAUUAAAAGUUAAAGGACUGUUUUUU